CAACACAGCGCGACGCAGCGACGCCGCAGGAGGAGCGGGAGCUGAGACGGCGGUGACCCUGUGCGCGCCUGUGGCCAGUCCCACUCCCGCUCGGCCCGUGGCGGCCGGGCUGGUCCUCUCGGCCGCUCCGGGGCUCAGUGAGCGUGGCAGCAGGUCGCACACUGGGCCAGUGACUGAGCCUGGGCCUCCGCCUGUGGCAGGGGCUCUCGGGAGGAAUGGCGGCCGCCGGCAGCCUGCUUCGCCUCCUGUGGCAGUGUGCGGUGACAGGGGCCACCCCCACGGGCCGCCACCUGCACACGUCCUCCUGGAGGGCUGACAGCAGCAGAGCCUCGCUUACACGCGUACGCCGGCAGACCUACGCACGCCUCUACCCUGUGCUCCUGGUCAAGCAGGACGGCUCCACCAUCCACAUCCGCUACCGGGAGCCUCGACGGAUGCUGGGGAUGCCUGUGGACCUGGACGCGCUGUCCCCGGAGGAGAGGCGGGCACGCUUCCGGAAACGCGAGGCCCAGCUCAGAGAGAAGGAGCAGCAGCCAGAGCUUGCUGAUGACUUUGACGUGGAGCGGUACAAGCGGUUUUGGACCAAAAAGUGACCACUCCUGCAAGCUGCCCUGGCCUGGGGACACUGGAGGGGGCAUGUCUUUAAAUCAUGUGUCCAGGAA